UAUAUACACACCCAAAGACCAAGACCAAAAAGGUAAAAAACCUUCCUUACUAUUGAAAGAACGAUUUUUGUUUACAAUACUCUCAAAAAUUCCUUAUCAGUUGAUCAAAUAGAUGGGAAUUCGGUUGCCUGAGAUGAUGCCUCAUGCAAAGCAAACUAUACGAAGUUGGUCGCGUUCUAAGCACCAAUGCUCUUACCAAAGACCGAGUGCAGUAAACGUCCAGAAAGGCCAUUUUGCAGUUUAUGUGGGAAAUGAAGAGAAGAACAAGAGAUUCGUGGUCCCAAUAUCAUACUUGAACCACCCUUUGUUGCAGGCCUUGUUGAACCAGGCUGAACAAGAGUUUGGAUUUGAUCAUCCAUUGGGUGGUCUCAUGGUUCCUUGUGCUGAAGAUGAAUUCAUCAACCUCACGUCUCGUAUAAGCCAUGCCUGAUUCAAUGCAACCUACCUGGGGUCUUGCACUGUAAGCGUAUAGUACUGAGAUUUGUAAAUGAUUUUGAAGGGUCCAAAUUUUGUUACCUGUUUGGAUUCCCUUUGAAACAGCGAUUCUUAGUGUUCCAUCUUCAAAUGGUAGCUUCUUUUGUAUUGACAAACUAGUGUAAAUCAUGAAACCAUCAAGUUUUUACAGUGUUUAUUCUUAUGGGAUUAUUAUAACAAGGAGAAUGAUAGUUUGGCUUUGAAUUGAAA